AAACCCUAGUAUCACUGUAUUUCUUUUCUCUUCCGAAGUAUUGCUCUCUCUUCCAGCUUCUUGCCGCAUCCUCCUCUCUCCUCUUCGUACCAGAGCUCUCCCCAGAUCCUCAGAGAUGCCGUUCAAGAGAUACGUGGAGAUUGGAAGAGUGGCGCUGGUGAACUACGGCAAGGAAUAUGGGAGGCUCGUUGUUAUCGUUGAUGUUAUCGAUCAAAACAGGGCUCUUGUUGAUGCCCCUGAUAUGGUGAGAAGCCAAAUGAACUUCAAAAGGCUAUCACUCACUGAUAUUAAGAUUGACAUUAACAGGGUUCCAAAAAAGAAGGCUCUAAUUGAAGCCAUGCAGAAGGCUGAUGUUCAGGGUAAAUGGGAGAAAAGUUCCUGGGGCAGGAAACUGAUUGUGCAGAAAAGAAGGGCCUCACUCACUGAUUUUGAUAGGUUCAAGGUCAUGUUGGCAAAGAUCAAGAGGGGUGGAAUUAUCAGGCAGGAGCUUGCCAAACUCAAAAAGGAGAGCACAGCCUAGAAUUUGGUUUUUUUUUUUUUUUUUUGUCUCUUAUAAUUCUCCUUUCCUACUUUAGCAAUUUAGCAAUUCGGGGACAAAAAAAUCAGCUAUUUAGCACUUUGGUUUUUAUGUCUGUUACUGUGAUUAAAUAGAGGGAGUCAGAUAUUCUGCAUCGUUAUUAGAAAGUGGGUAGAAGGUUCUCUUCUUGUUUGUCUUAUUUUCUCAUGGGUUUGUUUCUGAACCAGAGAAUUGAGAUAUGGAGUCACAUUGGAUUUGAAAUUACUUAUUUUUAGUUGCGUGUUUAAUACAAGCAUCUUAUUCUGGUUUA